AUGCUGAACCAGGGGGCUCGCUUGUUUCGCCACCGGGUGGUAGCCCUCUGGGCCCCGCAUGCUGCGGCACAGACAUCUACGCUUCCCAAGUCACCGCCUCAAGUUGCUGUUGCGGCUGCUGCUGCAGCACAGAAACCCCUGCCUCCUCCUCCUUCGCUGGACUUGGAGAACGGGAAGGUUUUUCAUCUCAAGAGCAACUGGGAGCUCAUGCGUGGACUUCUGGUCUUCCUGCUGUGCUCCUCCCCAUGGCUGGUCCAGAAAGCGCCCACGCUCCUUUCCAUCUCCCGACGGGUUCUGGGCCGCCGGCUCUGGGGCUCCAUUCUCCGUCUCACACUCUACGGACAGUUUGUGGCUGGUGAGAGCCAAAAAGAGAUCAAAGGCACGCUGCAGCGGCUCCAGCAUUUGGGGGUCCGUCCUCUCCUUGCUGUUCCUAUUGAGGAAGACGUGGGGCAGGCCAAGGAAGGGGAGGGGUGGUAUGAUGAAAAUGCCCGUGCCAUGCUGACCUGCCUCGAUCUGUCAGUCGGGGGUGCCACCAGUCCCAUGAUGCAGCUGAAGGUGACGGCCCUGAUGGCUGCUGAACUCUGUAAGACUAUUACCCUGAGGCUGCGAGAGCCAGAAGGCGUGUCAGACCUUACCAUCCAGAGAGUUGUGACUCUCAUGAAAGGAGAGGAACUGAGCUUUGGCUGCCUGACCCAAGAAGAAAACCUGCAUUUCCAGAAAUCGCUGCAUCGGCUUAAUUCUGUAGCACAGUAUGCUGUAGAAAAAGGGGUCCGUGUUCUGGUGGAUGCUGAGUACACAUACAUUAACCCUGCCCUGACACUAGUCACCAUGGCAAUGAUGGCUGUGUGCAAUACCAAGAACCCAUGGAUUUGGAACACAUAUCAGGCAUAUCUCAAGGACACUCAAGAACGGAUAAAACAGGACGUGGCCUUCACUGAGCAUUUGGACAUCUGUUUUGGGGUGAAACUGGUAAGGGGAGCUUAUAUGGAGAAGGAACGGAAACUGGCGAAGGAAAAAGGCUACCCCGAUCCUGUGCAUCCCAGCUGGGAGGCUACCAACAACAGUUACCAGCGCUGUCUGGAUUUUGCCUUGGAUCGAGUGGCUGCAGCCAGAGGCAGGUUUGAGCUGAUAGUUGCCACACACAAUGAAGCUUCAGUGAUGCAUGCUGUACAAAGGAUGGCAGAGAUGGGCAUCAACAAGAAUGCUGGACCUGUCAGCUUUGGGCAGCUUCUGGGCAUGUGCGACCAGGUUUCUUUGGCAUUAGGUCAGGCAGGUUAUGCCAUCUACAAAUCCAUCCCCUAUGGCUCAGUGGAAGAAGUGAUCCCAUACCUGAUCCGCCGUGCUCAUGAGAACCAGAGCGUCCUCCUUGGCAUCCGGAAGGAGAGAGAUCUGUUGCGUUUGGAGCUGCGGAGACGGAUUCUGAGACAGGCUUGAGUGAACCCAAGUAUCCAGAAGAGCGACUUCCAGCUGCUUCAUCCUGCACUCAUGGAACCAUGAACCCGACAACGCAACCCACAAAAGAUUUCAUACUCUUCAAAAUCACUUCAGUUACU